GCAAGAAAUAUGAAAAAAAGAAGAAAAUAUUCAAUAUGUCUGCGCCCUUUAGCAAGGUGGUAACGAAGCAAGCUGUUUGUAAAUGAUGUUAAUAGGACGUUUCUAGACAAUGUUUAAAGAAUUUAUGACUGGAGACUGAUCCGAUAUAGCCACCGCUAACGGGAAAAAUGGAUUAAAGCAUUCGGCAUCUUGAAAUUUGAUUUUAUGAUCACGUUGAGCUAGCAGGGAACCUUCAGUGAGUCGUUUACUUCCUCAGAUAUUCAUAUCAUGUUUUUGUAGAUUAGUUCAGACUUAAUUGUAAACACACCACCCAUCAGCCAUGUUUUGUCAAAGAUUUUCUGAAUCCAAAAGAAUAAUCUGUUGUUGGGUUGUAGUAUUCCGCAUGAGAGCUUCUCACCACUGACUUGAACCUGUUACAAAAUUUAAAGUGUCAUCAAAGUAAAGUUAUCACUGCCCUGUUAUAUUUACGCCGAAUUCAAGAAUUUCUUUUCACUAUAUAGGCUGUAUCUUAAUGUAGCAUCUGAAAGGAAUUUAUUUGUGUUAAAACAUAAAUAAAUACCAACUUCUGUAUUUUUGAAUGAGAUUUGGCUAAAUGGACUAGAGACCGGCAAAAAUCAAGUCUGUUUACUACGCAGUGAAUAUUUCAGCCACAUCUACAUGUAAAAUGGCUUACAGAAGACUUCUAAACCUUCUGCCCAGAGGAAAAGAGUCUGCCUAUAAUCUAUGGAUACCUCGCUUUCAAAAACCACCAUAUGUCUUAAACCAAACUGUUGAAAAUAGAGCUAAAAGAACUCUUUACACCAGCACGCCACUGAUGAUGAAGUUGUUGUCAGUGGAUGAGAUUUUUGCCAGGAAGUCUCUGCAGGAGCACCUAAGGAAGACUGAGGCAGAGUACAGUGAAUGUUUACAAGCCAUCAGUGGCAAUUUGGUAGAGGAGCAGUGCAGUGAGGAUGAACUGAAGGCCAAGAGGACCAAAGUGUCCCUGCUGGCUCCUCUUAUCCAGACCAUCAGAGAGCUGGACACCAAGCAAAAAGAGAUUGCAGAGACUGAGACGCUUCUGAAAGAUGAAGACCCAUGUUUGCGGGAACUGGCAGAGGUGGAGAGAGCAGGCUGUUUGGAAGAUAUUCAAACUCUUAGACAAAAGAUUCUGGAUCUAUUGAUUCCAGAGGAGGAGAUUGAUCUGAGUGACCUCGUCCUGGAGGUCACCGCUGGCGUUGGUGGUCAAGAAGCCAUGCUGUUCACUGCUGAGGUGUUUGACAUGUACCAGGGCUUUGCUCAUCACCACGGCUGGUCCUUUGACAUCCUGGAGCACACAACCAGUGAGCUAGGUGGACUACGUCACGCCUCAGCUAGUAUCAGCGGCCCUCAGAGCUACAAAAGGAUGAAGUUUGAGGCAGGAGUUCAUCGCGUUCAGAGGGUUCCCAAGACUGAAAAACAGGGCCGGAUGCACACCAGCACCAUGACUGUGGCUGUGCUGCCCCAGCCCACUGAGAUCUCUUUCACAAUAAACCCAAAGGACCUCAGGAUAGACACUAAGAGGGCGAGUGGAGCUGGAGGUCAACAUGUCAACACCACAGACAGCGCUGUCAGGAUAGUUCAUCUUCCUACAGGUGUGGUUGCGGAAUGCCAGCAGGAGCGGUCCCAACUGAAGAACAGGGAGAAAGCCAUGAAGUCCCUGAGAGCAAAACUGUACAGCAUGAAGCUGGAAGAGGAGACCAGCAAACGCUACAACCAGCGGAAAAUACAGAUCGGCACUAAAGGACGCUCAGAGAAGAUUCGGACCUACAACUUUUCCCAAGAUCGCAUAACAGACCACCGGAUUGGCAUGACUCUGCACGAUUUAAAAAGCUUCCUGCUGGGAGAGGAUCUUCUGGACGAGAUGAACUCCUCACUUCAGGAGUUUUCCAGCCAGGAGAUUCUCAUGGAACUGCUGGGAGAAAACAGUCAGGACAGCUCAUGAGUUUGUCUCUGACAGAAUUUAUUUCAGAUAAUAAUGUAAUGCUGGUCAUUCCUAGACUGUGAAAACUGUGUAGGGAAAGAGAAGAUGAUGCAUUAAAAGUGGGCACAAAUCUCAGCAGUGCCUGAUACGAGAUGCGUGUCCGAAAGUGACACAGCGUCACAACAAACAAAAAAUUGGCAAAUAAGUAACUCAACUUUUUUUGAGUGGAUCUAUAAUUUAGUCAAUUUGCACAUUUGUCUGACAAGUGAAAGAUUCUGGGAGGAGACCCAAAUACCUCAAGGGAAGUUCAGGGAGGGUGUCUGGCAUAAAAAUAAGGCAAAUCACCAAACAUGUUAAAUGUUUGUACUGCUUAAGCA